GGAAUUGAUUUUGAGAAAACCAUGAAAUCAAAUCACCAUGGUUGAAAAUGAAAUUCAACGAUCCGACAACCAACGUUCUCUGAAUCUGACGGCAAAAAUCAAGAAAACGAGGGAAAGAAGUGGCCUCCCACCGUCUGAUGCUGAAUCCUUACCCGCUUCAUCUUCAAUCAAAUCUUAUAUAAAUCGCAUCACUCACACUUCUCAACUCACUCUCUUCAGUGCUCCUCCAUCGCCAGACGUAGCACUUACUCGCCAGAUUCCGCCGGAAUCGUCUCCAUUCUGCCUUGUAUCGUCGGAAAACUCACCGUGAGAAGAUGAGGGAGAUUCUUCACGUCCAAGGAGGUCAGUGUGGUAACCAGAUCGGAUCCAAGUUCUGGGAAGUGUUGUGCGAUGAACAUGGCAUAGAUCCUACUGGCCGAUACACUGGAACCUCCGAUUUGCAACUAGAACGUGUAAAUGUGUACUACAACGAGGCUUCUUGUGGACGGUACGUCCCUCGUGCCGUGCUCAUGGAUCUCGAGCCUGGUACCAUGGACAGCGUGAGGACGGGUCCUUAUGGACAAAUCUUCAGGCCAGACAACUUCGUUUUUGGGCAAUCUGGUGCUGGCAACAACUGGGCCAAGGGGCAUUAUACAGAAGGAGCAGAACUUAUCGAUGCUGUGCUUGAUGUUGUGAGAAAGGAAGCCGAGAAUUGUGAUUGUCUUCAAGGUUUCCAAGUGUGCCAUUCACUUGGUGGAGGCACUGGUUCUGGAAUGGGGACUCUGCUGAUUUCCAAAAUCAGAGAAGAAUAUCCCGAUAGGAUGUUGCUUACUUUCUCCGUCUUCCCUUCACCGAAAGUGUCGGAUACUGUUGUAGAGCCAUACAAUGCCACGCUUUCCGUUCACCAGCUCGUCGAGAAUGCAGAUGAGUGCAUGGUGCUGGACAAUGAAGCACUAUAUGAUAUAUGCUUCAGGACUCUCAAGUUAACUACUCCUAGCUUUGGCGAUCUCAACCAUUUAAUUUCCGCUACUAUGAGUGGGGUGACAUGCUGUCUCAGAUUCGCUGGCCAGCUUAACUCUGACCUCAGAAAACUUGCUGUGAAUCUAAUUCCCUUUCCUCGCCUACACUUCUUUAUGGUGGGAUUUGCUCCUCUUACCUCUCGUGGGUCGCAGCUGUAUCGGGCUCUGACCGUGCCAGAGUUGACACAGCAAAUGUGGGAUUCUAAAAACAUGAUGUGCGCUGCAGAUCCCCGCCAUGGCCGAUACCUCACUGCCUCUGCCAUGUUCCGGGGCAAGAUGAGUACUAAAGAGGUUGAUGAGCAGAUGAUCAAUGUUCAGAACAAGAAUUCCUCAUACUUCGUUGAAUGGAUUCCCAACAAUGUUAAAUCCAGCGUCUGUGACAUUGCUCCUAAAGGACUUACCAUGGCAUCAACCUUCAUUGGAAACUCAACCUCCAUUCAGGAAAUGUUCAGGCGUGUAAGCGAGCAGUUCACAGCCAUGUUCAGGAGGAAAGCUUUCUUGCAUUGGUACACUGGAGAAGGAAUGGACGAAAUGGAGUUCACCGAGGCGGAAAGCAACAUGAAUGAUCUCGUUUCCGAGUAUCAGCAGUACCAGGACGCUACCGCUGAGGAGGGCUAUUACGAGGAGGAGGAGGAAGAGGAAGAGGAAGAAGGCAUCCACGCCCACGAUAUGUGAGUAAACUCCAAUUCUGUGUGUGUAAUUUAGAGUGUAUAAUUUUGAUGCCUAUGACUAUAUAUAUGCUAUUAGUGUUGAGUACAAGUUCUUGUGUGCUUCCUGUGGGUGUUUCAUGCUUUCUUGGUACUGUUUCAGUAUGUUGUGAUGUUAGAGUUAUCCCAUCUUCACAUUCUAGUUGAAGUUGUCAAGCAUUGGGGAGAGAGGAGUAUUUUUGUUUGUAUGAGUUUCCACUUCAGGAACAUCCAUGGAUUGUUUAAUAUGAAACCUAGCCAAUCAGUUCCACGAUUA